AUGCCACAAAAUGUUAUUCUCCAAGGACCGUCACCCUGGGGAUUCAGGCUCUCAGGAGGAAUAGAUUUUAACCAACCCUUAAUCAUAACCAGGAUUACUCCUGGAAGCAAGGCUUCAGCUGCAAACCUGUGCCCUGGUGAUGUUAUUAUAGCUAUUGAUGGUCUAGGCACAGAGAACAUGACACAUAAUGAUGCCCAGGAGAGAAUUAAAGCAGCUACACAUCAGCUGUGUUUGAAAAUAGAGAGGGCAGGAACUAAAUUAUGGUCCCCACAGAUUUCAGAAGAUGGCAGAGCACAUCCCUUCAAGAUAAAUUUGGAAGCUGAACCUCAGGAAUUCAAGCCUAUUGGUACAGCUCACAACAGAAGGGCCCAGCCUUUUGUUGCAGCAGCAAAUAUUGAUGACAAAAGACAGGUAGUGAGCUCCUCCUAUAAUUCUCCAAUUGGGCUCUAUUCAUCUGGCAAUAUUCAAGACGCGCUGCACGGACAACUGAGGGGUCUCAUUCCUAACUCAUCACAAAACGGAUGCAGCACUCCUUCGGGGCUGGACUGCGGCAGUGGGCGCAGCACCCCCUCCUCCAUUGGCACAGUCAGCUCCAUCUGCCCCACCGAGCUGAAAGCCGUGUCUAAGAUGGCCCCUAAUGUUCCCCUGGAAAUGGAGCUCCCCGGUGUCAAGAUCGUACACGCUCAGUUUAACACGCCCAUGCAGUUGUAUUCAGAUGACAAUAUCAUGGAAACACUGCAAGGCCAAGUUUCUACAGCUCUGGGGGAAACACCUGUCAUCAGUGACCCAUCUCCCAACUCCAUGUCUCAGUCUGACGUGUACAAGAUGCUGCACGCCAACCAGGAGGAGCCCAGUCAGCCGCGCCAGUCUGGCUCCUUUAAGGUGCUCCAGAAUUUAGUCUCCGAGGAAGAUGGGCGCCCUGUGGGAACAAGAAGUGUGAAAGCACCUGUAACAAAGACACCUACUGCCAUGCCUGGUGUCCAGAAAGUGCCACUAUGUGACAAAUGUGGGAGUGGGAUUCUAGGGACGGUGGUGAAGGCACGUGAUAAGUACCGGCAUCCAGAAUGCUUCGUGUGCUCUGACUGCGAUCUCAACCUGAAACAAAAAGGCUACUUCUUUGUGGAGGGCCAGCUCUACUGUGAAGCUCAUGCACGCGCCCGCAUGAGGCCACCGGAGGGAUACGAAACAGUCACGGUUUACCCAAAAUGCUAG